CGAAACGAGGCGGAGACUCAGAACAGCUUGACUCUGAGUAGACAGCGUAUACAGUCCGAAACGUGCAUGCCGCAGUGAUACACCCCCCUAUCGGCGCCGUCGCCGAGGCCGCAGACGGCUAUCGGCGGCUACGAAGCUACACAGCGGGGCGACCUCGAGAGGCGCAUGGCGCUGCCGCGUGGCGCAUCACCCGACUUACGCCCGCUCCCCCAUCCAUAUCAUUUGUGUCGUCGGCGCACGCAACACGCUCGCACCACGAGCCAUCACGGUCCGUGCGUGCUCGCGGGCACCUUGGCUUCGCCGCGCCCGUGCGCUCGCAUCCGAAGCAACCCCGGCCGGCCCUCGGCCCUCCCAAGGCCUCCAGCCAAGCCAAGAUCUCGGUUCUGCGGGGGCGCAUGGGCCGGGGCCGACGGGGUCCCACGGCGUGCUUGGGUACGCCGUACAUUGGCCCUGCUCUUUCUCCUAGUUCCUGCUCAUACACUCUCCUUGCACCGGGUCCCCUCGGCGCAGAGGCCUGUCCCGCUCUGCGGGGCUCGCCGGCACCGCGGCACGAGGACACGCCGGAUACGCCGGGCAGCCCCUGCGCCCCGCGCUCGCCUCCAUCUCGCCAAUACGGAGCGGACCCCUGGCCGUGCUGUGGAAUUCGAUCGGACACGCCGCGCCCGUGCAGCAGGGCGCUCCCAGCGCAAUUUGCUCCUCGCCCCGAGGCCUGCAUCGGCGGUGACAGCGACCGGCGCUCACGUCAUCUUGCGAGAUGUUUCGAGUUUGUGCUGAUUCUUCCUCUGCUGUCUCCUAGUCUGGGGAGGUCUGAAGCCACACCUGUUUGUGGGCGAUCUUCU